AUGAUGAAACCCUUUGCAGACGUGACGCUUACUGACGCGGAACGCACCAAGCUUGUGGAGAUCACCGACACGAUUAUUAUGGAUAAGUUUGAAGAAUACGAAGAACACUUGAACAUUGGCAAGAAUGUUAAUCUCAACCGCUGGAAAAAGUUUGUCAAGUCGGGAUCCACCACAACGUACUUGGAGCGAAAAUCUUCGAGCCCUCAUACAAAGCUGCCGCAACUGCUAAUGGUUGGUCCACUACCUGGCUCGCUCGACGAUAUUAUGUUUGGAAUUGUCAAUCCGACCAUCGAGGCCAUGCGUAUCAAGUCGUCAUACCUGCACGACUUUAACUCUGGGGCUGUGCUAGCCACCAUACUUGAGCCGACUAUGAACGAUCCAUUUCGAUCAGUGGUGGCCAAGUGGGUAGAAAUCGACAUUCCACUUGCUUCAAUCGGUCUUGUCCGGAACCGGGACUACACUUUUAUCGAAAGUACGGGGAUCAUGCAUCUCAAAAAUGGCGAGAGAGUGGGUUACCACCUCUUUCAUUCCGUCAGUUUUCCGGAAGCACCGGAACUUCCGAAUCGAGUACGUGGCAACAUGUCAUUUUGCGGCAUUUUUCACCAAGAAGCACCUGAUCGGACUGAUUGCCGUGGAACGGGUAUCAUGGACCCGGGUGGUGAUAUGAUACGAGCUAUGGCCGUUAUGGGUAUGGUGCAGGCAACAAUGGCUGGACUCAAGUAUUCAUACUGUGGCCAGAUGAAAAAGUUGGCACUGUUGUUAGAAAAGAAGCAAACAACGACCCGAGAAAAAGGCACACCGGUCUACAGACCGCUUUGUGUCACGUGUCUAAAGGGUGUCAAGUACUCAAGACUCAGUGGCCAAGUGGAUACGUGCGAGCUGUGCUUUGGCACACUUUGUUGUUCAUGCAGAAUUUCGAAAAAGUUAAAUUUCAUUGCACCAGACCUUGCUCUGAUACAGCGUAAGAUCACGGUUUGUGUCAAAUGUAUGAUUGUAGCAAUCCAAAUGGACACACAAGAAGCUGCACGAGAGCAGUUUGUGUAUAACAAAUCGAUCACUCCAUCAAUCUAUGAUUUGUCGGUAGUGUCCGCUACAAGUACAGGUUUGGAAAGCACCAUGUCUUCAAUGACCGGAUAA